AUAAAUACUAGGAGGAGGCUUUAUUGAGUAUUGAUUUGCGCUUUGGCUCUCCGGAGUAAGGAUCUCAUUUUAAAAAGACGCGUGCUUAAGCUCUGACAGGAUCUUAUUUGAAGACAGUCACCUUUUUCCGUGCUGUUUUAUUCUUCAUUCGGAGUUCAGAGGAUGUUUUGUGCGUCAGGAGCUGCUGGAAAGAAGAGAAGCGGUUUUUCAUGUGGAUAUUAAUGACCUGUUACCACUUUUAAAUCACUCGUUCUGUGUGGGGUGAAAAUAUGGAAAACUACACGAAGUGGAGUAAUUAUACCCAGGUUCUGUCGGAGCUGGACGGGUCGGGCGGCGAGGAGGAGGAGGGAAGCGAGGAGGAGGACAGCGGGAGCGGCUUAGGAGGCGGCGGACUGCGCGUCCUCGUCGGCUGCGUCCUCUUCCUGCUCAUCGUGUCCACGCUGCUCGGGAACACGCUGGUGUGCGCGGCCGUGGUCAGGUUCCGCCACCUGCGCUCCAAAGUCACCAACUUCUUCGUCAUCUCGCUGGCCGUGUCUGAUCUGUUCGUAGCCGUGCUGGUGAUGCCCUGGGAGGCCAUCACGGAGGUGACCGGCACCUGGCUGUUUGGACGGUUUUGCGGGGUCUGGAUUGCCUUUGACAUAAUGUGCUCCACCGCCUCCAUCUUGAACCUGUGCAUAAUCAGUGUGGACCGCUACUGGGCCAUCGCCAGCCCGUUCAAGUAUGAGCGAAAGAUGACUCACCGCGUGGCGUUUGUCAUGAUCGGGGUGGCGUGGACUCUGUCAAUCCUGAUCUCCUUCAUCCCAGUGCAGCUAAACUGGCACCAGGCCGGGGAGGAGGAAGAAGAAGAGGUGAAGGAGGAGGUUGUGGAAGGCAGGAACUUCACAAACAGCAGCAACAUCAACAUCAACGCCAGCGCCGUCGCCAAGAGCUGUGUCGCCAACCUGAACAAAACCUACGCCAUCUCCUCCUCCUUCAUUAGCUUCUACAUCCCGGUUGUGAUCAUGAUUGCCACUUACACCCGGAUCUACAGGAUUGCCCAGACCCAAAUCCGCCGGAUCACAUCUUUGGAGAGGGCGGCGGAGCAGGCCCACAACCAAGGUCAUGGUGUGAACCGGAACCACCAGCAGCAGCAGCACAGGCACAACGAAGAAUCCUCAUUGAAGUCGUCGUUUAAGAAGGAGACCAAAGUCCUGAAGACACUCUCCAUCAUCAUGGGAGUGUUUGUCUUCUGCUGGUUGCCGUUCUUCGUCCUCAACUGCACGGUCCCGUUCUGUGACCCGCCCUGCGUCAGCGACACCACCUUCACCGUCUUCGUCUGGUUCGGCUGGGCCAACUCUUCCCUCAACCCGGUCAUUUAUGCAUUCAACGCAGACUUCCGUCGGGCCUUCACUACCAUUCUGGGUUGCAACCACAUUUGCUUAAACAACGCGGUGGAAGCUGUGAACUUCAGCGACGAGCUUGUUUCUUACCAGCAUGACACGACGCUCCACAAGGAGGCGCUGGUCCCUGCGCAGCCGCAGCAACAUCCUCGCACCAUUAACGUCGGGUCCGGCCACCUGGAGGACAUGAGCGCUCAGUUUGACGAGGAGUCGAUCAUCUCCAAUGGUUCCCGGAGCCAUAACAGACUGCUGCUGCUUCCUGCCACCGUCCAGUUCGAGGAUGACCCAGAAAUCUCCUUGGAAACGAUCACGCCGUUCACCUCGGCGGGGGGGCUUGAGAGUGAUGCUCUAAUACCAGGACAAGUCCACCAGGAUGGAUAGGACAGAAACUGCACUGAGCUGGAUGGCAGCCAAAGCUGAACAGGAAGCAUAAACUUCAAUUCAGCAGUACUCAAAACUUGCCCGCCACAAUGUUUUGAUUCAUUUGAAAUAAUGGGGGACUUUAAGAAUUAAUAACCCAGCUGCUCUUAAAAACCUGGAGAAACAUAACACAUGAGAGAGACUUGACUGAUAUGAAUGUGUGAUUGAGGGAAUGCUUAGUUUUUAGAUUUACUUAGACCUUCUUGACACAGUAAAG